AUGUCUAAGACGUCUGACCAUUUGUGGGCAGUGACAUCUGCUGUGGGGACAGGUCUCAGCUUCCUUGUCCUGGUCGUCAUCGCCGUCAUGUAUGCUCAUCGGACAUCAAGAGUACACCUCGACCGCGUCAGCUUCCGGCUUAUGCUGUACUCCCUGAUUGCCAACAUGUUCUUCGGGCUGUUCGGCACCAUCUGUGGAUAUUUCACUGGGCCUAGUCCUGGAUGUGCGCUAUCCCUCUUCAUCCUACAGCUUUCGCUGCAGAUAUCCAGUUUCCUGCCAUUCUGCAUCGCUCUCAACCUUCAAUUGGUCGUCGUGCAUGGCGUGAGAUGGAAACAUCUUGAGAAGUACUACGCUGCGUGUUCGGUUGUCAUGGCCUUGGCUAUCACAAUCCCACCGUAUGCUGCUGGACAGUAUGGCUGGGACCCGCUAGAGCUUCAGUGUUGGUACACCAAUCACGUCCGGCAGCAACGCAUUGCGUGGCAGAUCGGAGCGCAACUCAUCUGGACGGGCCUGACCGUAAUAGGAGAGGUUUCGACUGCGUGCAUGGUUGUCACCUACAUGUUCCGGGCCCAUUUGCGCCGCAAGCGUGUGCUCUCAGUUGCGAACUCGUCAAUGUCUUCGGUAUCUGGGUACUACCGUCACAAGACCCGCUCUCAAGCCGUAUCAAGCGAUAACUCGCUCAAGCCCAUGGCAUUCCAUGCCAAUACAUAUGCGAACGUGAUCUUCCGCAUUGCGCUAUACCCCUUAGUCUCUUUCAUCAUCAACUUGACAAGCAUCGGCACGGUCAUACAUUCUACGUCAACAAAUGGCAUCCAGAACGCUAAUGAUUAUCGCAUAUUGCUGCUCAGCGACUUUCUGUAUGGCGGCCGAGCUAUAGUGUACGCUCUACUUGCUGCUACUGAUUUGUCAUUACUUCGUGCAGUCCGUGCUUUUGUCGCGCACCUUCGAGGAUGCAAGUGGGGCAGCACUGCUACUAUCCGAUCGAAUACGUUCACCGGCACAUCUCGAACGCGUCGCGACGACCUCGUCGUCCAAGUUGAGCUAUCGACGGUCGUGGCACGCGACGCCGCCAAUGGCGGUUCAAGUGCUUCAGACUCGGCAACCGACAGCAAAGAGCGGAAUCUCACGGCCACUCGGGAAGCUUCCAGUCUAGUAUCUGCCGACGGCGAGGCUGUAGACAAGGCUGAGCGAGGGAUUCUUGUCUGCGUUGACCCUAGUCUGAAUACAGAUAACCCACCUCUGAUGCCACCGAGAGCUAUAGCGUUCGAGCUCAGCUCUCCGAUAACGCGAACGCAGAGCAUGCGACAUAGAUGGGAGCAAGCAGCUCGAGAGCAAGCCCAGGAGGACGAGUUCAUGAGGAUCAUUUAA